GCCAGGACCACACAGCUGCGCCCAGCCCUGUGCAACUUCUCCCAGGCCUGGGGGACCCCUGGGGCCCUGCCCUUAUUCCCCAAGACAAGGACAGCUGCUGCCUCUGAUCACAAUGAACAUCAUUCUCUCCAGGGACAGCCAGGUGCGGGUGAUGGAGGACACAGUGACCAAUGCCGAGAAGUCCUUUGGCCAGUUCUGCUCACUGCUGGCCGCCUACACCCGCAAGACAGCUCGGCUGCGUGACACGGCCGACCAGCUGGUCAAACAGCUCAUCAGCUUUGCCAAUACAGAGAACCCAGAGAUGCGGGCCACCCUGAGGAACUUCGCUGAGGACUUGGCCAAAGUGCAAGAUUACAGGCAAGCUGAGGUAGAGAGGCUGGAGACCAAGGUCGUCAACCCCUUGAAGCUCUAUGGGAUGCAAAUAAAGCAGACCCGGGCUGAGAUCAAGAAAUUCAAAAGUAUCCGGAACAAUGAAAUCAAACAACUGAAGAAACUGGAGAAGCUGAGGCAGAAAUCCCCUUCGGAUAGACAGACCAUCAGCCAGGCAGAGACCAGCAUGCAGAGGGCCUCAGUGGAUGCCAGCCGCACCUCCCACCAGCUGGAGGAGACAGUGGACACCUUCCAGAAGCAGAAGCUGAAGGACAUUCAGAAAAUUUUUUCAGACUUUGUGACCAUUGAGAUGGUCUUCCAUGCCAAAGCAGUGGAGGUGUAUUCCAGUGCCUUCCAGACUCUGGAGAGCUAUGACCUGGAGAAAGAUCUGGAGGAUUUUAGAGCCAAGAUGCAUAGAGUUUAUGGGCGUUGCGAUGCUCGGCCAGCACUCAUGGACACCACCCUGUCCCCAGCUCUCCCAUGGUCUCUUGCCCAGAGUUCUCAGAGCACCAUACAGAGCCAGAGAAAAGAAGCAGUGAGUGAGGAUGACUCUGCUGAGGAGGACCCCGUGGAGGACCUCAGGGGACAGGCACAGAGACUCCAUCAAUAGGACAAGAACUCCCCAGUCGGGAGAUGGGGCUCACACUGGACCCUCACAGGCUCUGCCGUGUGCAAAUCACGUGUUUUCUGAGUCCCGGUUUCCUCAUCUGUACGACAGGGAUCAUAUCCCUUGGCUCACAGGCUGCCCUGGGGACCAAGGUGCCCAGCAGGUGCUCAGUAAACAUGGGUGCCUCUCACCCUAACUCGUACUGGGUCUCAUUUCCUGUCUUAUGACCAGGGCUCCAGCGUGUUUAAGCCUGUGUUAAUGUUGAGAGUUUGGUGUGUUACUGAACCAAACUCAGGUUCACUUGCCUGUAUGUGGUGAAGUCACUUUACUGACACCAGGCUGUGGUGAAGGAAAGUGAAGUGCUUAUUGCAGGUGUGUGGCUGAGUCCUGGGCAGCUGGUGCUCAAAAGGCCUGAACUCCCCAUGGCUUUCAGAGGACGGUUUUUAAAGACAAAGGGAGGGAGGGUGGCUGUGGGGUGUGACCUUGGGACCAGGGACAUAUCACCAAAGUAGAGGGUGAGACUACAGACUCUGCUGGCUACCUGCAGGAGCCCUCUGGGUAUGCACAUUUGGGGAGAAGACCCCUCAUAGUGUGGGGGGUCAUCUGAGCACUGGGUCACUCAGGGCUCAGCACACCUCCCACUGCCUCCUGGAGACCUCUGCUGGGGAGAGGAUGUCCUGCAGCCUCUUGGGAGAGACGCUUGGCUCUGCUGAUUCGAUUCCCCAUAGGGGUACCACAAGCGCCUCAUCAGCAAAGUGGGAAAAAUAAACCUUCCUUGUCGGUGUGAAGAAAAGGGUGGGAAUGUAAGCUGGUGCAUCCACUGUGGCAAACAGUUUGGAGUGCCUCAAAAAACUAAAAGUAGGAUUA